AUGGGUUUGUGGUAUGCUGGUAUGGGAGAUGAUUUUGCAGCCCUCAGAGAAGAGUAUCCUGAAUACGAAGUUUGGGUGACCGGACACUCUCUUGGAGCAGCACUGGCUUCAUUAGCCUCUUCUUUCAUUAUCGCUAGCAAUCAAAUAUCACCUACUAGCGUGCGGUUGGUCACGUUCGGCCAGCCACGAGUUGGUGACUUCUUCUAUGCAUGGGCUCACGACCGACAGGUGCGUUGGACUGAAUAA